AUGGUCUUCGUCGGUUGUUGUUCCAACGUGGUGUUCCUAGAGCUGGUGGUGAAGGAGGACCCGGGCGCCGGCAACUUGGCGACGUUCCUGCAAUUCGUCUUCAUCGCCACGGUCGGCUUCUGCACCGUGGGCAAAUUGGGCACGGCCAAACGGAACAUACCGUUCAAGCAGUAUCUGAUGCUGGUGGGCUUCUUCUGGACGAGCAGCGUCGCGAACAACUACGCGUUCGACUUCAACAUAUCGAUGCCGCUGCACAUGAUAUUCCGCGCCGGCUCGCUCAUGGCCAACAUGGCGAUGGGCGUUUGGAUACUGAAGAAGCGAUACCCGCCGCUGAAGUACCUCGCGGUGCUCAUGAUAUCGGCGGGCAUCGCCAUUUGCACGAUCCAGUCGAGCGGCGACGUGAAGGCGCCGAGGGAGACGCACUCGGACGCCGCGGAGGAGGAGAGGCUGAAGUUCAUUGACUGGCUGUGGUGGUGUCUCGGCAUCGCCAUCCUGACGUUCGCGCUGUUCGUGUCCGCCAGAAUGGGCAUCUUCCAGGAGUCGCUGUACGCAGAGUACGGGAAGCACCCGUGGGAGGCGCUGUACUACACCCACCUGAUGCCGCUGGUCUUCUGGCUGCCCACCGCGCCGAACCUCAUCGGCCACGUACAACUGGCGACGCAGACCCCGACGCUGGAAGUGCUCGGCGCGACUAUACCGCGCCAGGUGCUGUGGCUGGUGCUGUAUGUGGUGACGCAGGGGCUUUGCAUCAGCGCGGUGUACGUGCUGACCACCGAGUGCGCCUCGUUGACGGUCACCUUGACUGUCACCCUGAGGAAGUUCGUCUCACUGCUGUUCUCGAUCGUCUACUUCAGGAACCCGUUCACUCUGGGCCACUGGAUCGGUACACUCCUGGUCUUCAUCGGUACGCUAAUCUUCACGGAACUGCUCCAGAAGAGCGUCGCUCUGUUCUUACCGGCACCGGCCGUCGAAAAGAAGAAGAAG